UUGCUUCCGUCACCUGUCAUUUCAAAACAAAAAACAAAUCAAUCUGGAAAAUAGAUUUUGUUUGAAUUUAAAUUUUUGAUUCUGUUUUCGAAAUUGUAAAGUAGUGUAAAGUUGUAUUAUUUAAUUUUAUCAAAAUGCCCAAACGUAGAAGAUUAACACCAAUGAAAAGUAAAAAUAAGAUAACGACACCCGCAAAGAACAAAGAUAUAGAUGAGCAAAGAGAUCAAGAGGUAAAUACUGCAAGAGGAAGACUUAAGGGUGCACUUAUGGGGAUGAUGGAGCCACAAGCGGAAGAGUCGGAUAAUUCCUUAGACUUAACACCAGCUAAAAGAGAAAAAAAGGUUAGUAGCCAUGAUUCCACAUCUGAUGAAGACGACCCCAAUAAUGGUUUGACUCGGCAGUCCUAUGUGCUGAAACUGUUUGACCGCAGUGUGGAACUGUCUCAGUUUAGUGAAGACUCUCCGUUGUAUCCUAUAUGCAGAGCGUGGAUUGUGAACCAGCCAAGAGCUGACUAUAAGAAGUUUGCUAACAAAGACGACAAGGAAGACAAAGUAACAGAUGGCGUGGAACUACCAGGGCCUGAAGGACCAGUGGUCUCCAGGAUACCAGAGCUUCUACCUGAACAAUUGGCCGCUAAUAAGGAUAAUAUUAAUUUGAAUUAUCGCGAACCGCCCCCCUCCCGCGAGCAACUCCUAGCGUGGCACGCGGGCCGCUGGGCGGGAGUGAGACGCGCGUGGCUCGAACAGGCGCAGAGAGUACAUAGCAGAUAUGAUGCCACGCAAAACGUGCUGUAUAAGAUUAAUGUCAACGCUCUCUGAUCGAAGAAAAAGCGAAACACCUGUAUCUGAUGGGAAUAAAUCGUAGACAAAUAAUAAUUUGUAAAUAAAAUUUAGUUGAAUCACACAGAAAAAUCUUCAUGCAAAUAUUCAAUUUCUAUUUAAUGCUAAGUAAUAUAAUUUUUUAGAAAUCUUUUAGCCAGUUCCCUAUUUUUUUUUUAAGAAUAUUUAUUGUAAAUAGAGAUGCUUUACCUGUUUUUUUAAGCUCAACUCAUACAGAAUAAAAAAAAAUCAUUAUUAUUGUAUUGCUUCUUAUCAUAAUAUGAUAGUAAGUGGAAUUGGACUGAUUUGUAAUAGAAUUAAACUAAGGUGAAUGAAACAAUAGAGCAGAAAUAGUCUAUCAAUUUAUAUAAAAAUGAAACCCGUUUCGUUGUCACGGCAUCACGUGUGAACGGCUGAACCGAUUUCGAUAAUUCUUUUCUCAUUAUAUUCCUAUAUGAGGAUGGUUCUUCUGUAGAAAAACGUAAAUAUGCACCACUGGCGAAGCCGGGGCCGAUCGCUAGUAUGCAUUCAAUAUCUCUUUAUGCCUAACGAAUUAUAAUAUUUUGAUGAUUUAUAAUUUGAAGAUCCUUAAGCUGAUUUUAAAAAUUGUAAACUUUUUUUUGUAUUUUUCUAUUUGUAAACGAUUUUACGAUAUUUUUUGUUCGUCAGCGUCGAUUGUAUUGAUUAAAUCAUGAUUGAUUUGUAAGUAUAUUGAUUAUUAUAAUUGUUAUUACAUUUUAUUUUUUUAAUCACUUUCAUUUUAUAUAAAUUUUCUGACAAAAUAAAAAAAAUUAAAGUCACAUCCU